AUGCCUUGCUUCUGUGUCGUUUUAGCGAAGAAAGUAUCGAAGUGGUUGAAAAGAAAGUUCACUAAAUCUCGUGACCCAGUCAAGAUUCUUCCUGCAGCAGCGAUGGAUAAAAUAUUCAGUUUUCUCCCCGGAAAUCAACUGAUUCAGCUAACAACGGUCAGCAAGAGUUGGAAUAAAGCAAUUGGCAAGUCGGAAGUCUGCAUGGACAAGAUGAAAAUUCAAAUUUCGGAAUAUUUUGUCUGUUAUCAACGAGAUUUCAAGACUGAAGACGCAGUGAGAUUGAUAACAAGUGGACGAAAAUACAAACAUCUCUCGAUUUCUUGUAUCAGCAACUACUCCAACCAACAUCGGCAACUGUCUCGGGAACAUAAACUUCUCAUGGGCAGCUUCAACUGGAAAUCAUUUUCAUUAAGCAACCACGCUUUCUGCAAUGAAAUGGAGUUGAUGAAUUUCUUCGAGCUCGUCUCACCAAGAAUUGAACUGAUAGAGCUUCGAUCAGUGAAGAUCCGUCACGCUGUACAAGAGUAUGAGUCUAACAUCCAGUUUCCAAAUCUGAAGGUUCUUCAUCUUAUCAACGUCUGCAACUACAUAUAUCGUGUGCCGUUUAAGAAUGUUACAACACUUUUGGACUUUGGAGUGGCGACAGAACCAGUUCGGCAUCAUGGAAUUGGAAAUUCAAUAAGACUCAAACAAAGAGUUCAUCACAUGAUUUCGAUAAUGGUCAAAAAUGCAAACAUCGAGAAUCUCCAGCUUUACAUCGAUCAAGAAGAUUUUGACUUCAUGUUCUACGGUCACCGAAGAAUGUUCUCUCAAAUCGAAUUCAAAUUGGAAAGUUUGAUGGUCGGAAGAUUUGAGCUGUUACACCACGAAAAAUCUAACGUCCUUCAAGUGCAGAACUUUAAAGAUUUUUUGCAAUCUCAAAGCAGCUCAAUGAGAGAACUUGAAAUAACGGAGCACCUAGGAAAUCAAGUGCUUGAAGUUAUCAUCAACGAAAUGAACAACUUGGACGAUCUCACCUUACAUGGACUUGAGGAAUACGCCAAUCUUGAUAAAUUGAGUCUCGUUCCUAAUCAUUCAAUUAGAAGUUUAAAUAUGGUGGCCGAAAGAUUCUCACCAUGUGAAUUGUCAAUCUUAAAGAACAUUCCUAAUUUAAAGCAUUUCACUACGAAUAGCAUUGAUCAACGAAUUUUCAAUACACUUGCUCAAGACAAUCUCAAAUUAAGAACAAUCUCAACAAACUUUUUCACUGCACAUACGCCACCUAAAGACUCAGUUCUAAAUAACUUAAUUCGAUUGAAGAUUUGUUUGAAGAGUUCGGACAUUUUUUUCGAAAAAAUUCAGAACAAAGAAAAUUUCACUGACUUUGACUUGAUCUUCCUUGAUGCUUACAAAUAUUUAGCUCGUCGAUGGGAUGUCAGUAGAAAAAGCUUUUAUGAAUGGUAA